AUGACGAUAGCAAACACGCUCUCACGCGGCGCCGCCGGCGCGCCGUCCCACGCGCGCGGGUCGCGUCGCGGUCCGGCCACUCGAACGGAUAAGACGCGAGUGCAGAGACCUUUUCGCUUCGCUCGCGCGUCACCAACACGCGUGAACGCGUCGGCGAGCGAGGAUGGGACGUCGAGCACGACGCCCGAGCGAUUAGUCGUCGCCGUGACCGGAGCCACGGGUUUCGUGGGGAGUAAACUGGUGGAGACGCUCCUGCGCUCGGGCGCGGAGGUUCGCGUGUUGACGCGAGACGUGAGCAAGGCGAAAUCCAAGCUGUCGGCACGCGGUAUGCCGCGCGGGGACGUCGCGUUCGUGCCGCCGGAGAAGUGGCGUCGAGGGAUCUUGGGUGCGACGCACGUGGUAAACCUCGCCGGGGAACCGAUCAGCACGCGGUGGGACCCGAGGGUGAAGGGCGAAAUCAUGGCGUCUCGCGUCAAGACCACGAAGACCAUCGUCGAUCACGUGAAUUCGAUAUCCGACGAGUCGAAGCGACCAAAGGUACUGGUGAACGCGUCGGCGAUCGGGUACUACGGCACGAGCGAGACGGAUACGUACGAUGAGGCGAGCGGACCCGGCGCUGACUACCUGAGCCAAGUGUGUCAGGCUUGGGAACAAGCGGCGACCGGCGCGCAGGGGUGCAGGGUGGUGAUUUUGCGUCUUGGCAUUGUUCUCGACCGAGAUGGAGGAGCGUUGGGGAAGAUGGUGCCGACGUUUCAGGCGUUCAUGGGUGGUCCGCUCGGCGACGGACAGCAGUGGUUCAGUUGGAUUCAUCGGGACGACGCCGUGGGAUUAAUCAUGGAGGGUCUGACGAAUGAAAAACUCGUCGGGCCGGUGAACUGCGUCGCUCCAACGCCUGUGCGCAUGCGUGAAAUGUGUGAAUCUCUUGGGGAAACGUUAGGAAAGCCGAGCUGGUUACCGGUGCCAGAUUUCGCGCUGCGCGCUGUCCUCGGCGAGGGCUCAACUUUGGUUCUUCAAGGUCAGAGAAUUCAACCGAAGACCGCGCUCGAGGUCGGGUAUAAGUUCAAGUACGAGCGCAUCGAUCAAGCGUUGAAACAGAUCCUCAAUCGAUGA